UUUCUUCAAUCUGUGGAAUUUAUAGUCGAUGAUGGAUUCCAACGUAAUCUCGUUUCAAACGUGCGGUUUCUUCGUAGUGGUUUAUUUCAUGCAUGCUGCGUAUGGAGACUUGAGCUACUCUUUUCCAGAGGAAAUGAAACGAGGAUCAGUUAUUGGAAAUAUGGCCAAGGAUCUCGGGCUGGAAAGGAGCGCGCUCUCUAACAGAAGAGCCCGAAUUGACAGCGAUGGGACUGAUGAACGUUACUGUGACAUAAACCUGAAUAACGGAGAGUUGAUUGUUGCCGACAGGAUUGACCGAGAGGGGCUUUGUGGAGAAAAGGCUUCGUGCAUCCUAAAACACGAGCUGGUGCUGGAGAAUCCCCUCGAGCUCCAUCGGAUUAGUCUUCACAUUCAGGAUAUUAAUGAUAACUCGCCACAAUUUAAGGAAGAACUUAUAAAUAUAGAAAUGCACGAAUUGGCAGGUAAGGGAGCUCGUUUUGUGCUCGAGGAGGCGCACGAUGCGGAUGUAGGACAAAAUUCAGUUCAGCAGUACAGCCUCAAAAAUAAUGAUAAUUUCAUUUUGGCUGUUGAUGGAAACUCAAUAGAGCUUGUUCUUGAAAAGGAGCUUGAUCGUGAAAAUCAGCAAGAGAUCAAUUUGCUCCUCACAGCUUUAGAUGGAGGCUCUCCUCAGAGAUCAGCUACUGUAGUCAUACACGUCACUGUGCUGGAUGCUAAUGAUAACGCCCCAGUGUUUAGCCAGGCCGUCUAUAAAGCCAGUUUGCCUGAAAACUCUCCUGUAGACACUUUAGUUGUCACAGUGAGUGCUACUGAUGCAGACGAGGGAGUCAACGGAGAUGUGACGUAUGAAUUUGGACACGUGACUGAAGAUUUCAAGAAGAUAUUUAGUAUUGAUAGAAAAGUUGGUGUGAUACGAGUAAUUGGUCCUGUUGAUUAUGAAACUAUCAAAUCAUUUGAAAUACGAGUUAAAGCAAAAGAUGGUUUAGGGCUGUCAUCUUAUACCAAGGUUAUCAUUUAUAUCACUGAUGUGAAUGAUAACGCCCCUGUUAUCAGUUUAAAAUCCCUGACUAACCCCAUAACUGAGAACGUGUCACCUGGUGCAGAGGUGGGCAUCAUUAACGUGCAGGAUAGAGACUCUGAGAAUAACAGACAGGUCCGCUGCUCCAUUCAGCAAAACGUCCCUUUUAAGUUGGUUCCUUCUAUUAAAAACUAUUAUUCUCUGGUGACCACAGGACAACUGGACCGUGAACUAGUGUCUGAUUACAACAUAACAAUCACUGCCACUGACGAGGGCUCUCCCCCCUCUGUCCUCCUCUAAAACUGUUCAGUUAUCUGUAGCAGACAUCAACGACAACCCACCUGUGUUUGAGGAGCAGUCAUACAGCGCACAUGUGACUGAAAACAACAAACCUGGCUCCACUUUAUGUUCCGUUACUGCUCGAGACCCCGA